CAAUCGAUAACCAGCUGAGGUGGUUGAAAAGAGUAUCCGAGUAUUUUUAAAAAGCCUUAAAUAUCUGAAUAAACUGCCUGCCGAACGGCCCACGGACCAGCCAUGUCCACUGAUCCCGACCCGAUGGCCAGCGAGUGCAGCAAGUCCGCUAAUCCCAGCGCCCAGAGUACCGAUAACACCAAGGAAUCCUCCUCCGCCGAAGAUCUCCUCCAAGUGGAGGCAAACCAGGAGGAAUUAGAUGCUCCUCCGCCCAAAGACUCCACGGCGGACAUGGACAUAGACAACGAUCUGACCACCAACGAGCGCAUGCCCACGGUGGACGAGCUGGAGCAGCCGAAGGAGACCAAGGCGAAGCCAUUGGAGGUCAAGGAGGAGGAGGAGGUGGAUAACCUGGAGCAAAAGCCACUGGAACCCCCGCCCAGUCCACCCGCAGCCAUUAAAAUCGAAGACGAGGAGGACAACAAGCCACUGAAGCCAGCGCAGCAAUCCUCCCAAGAGGAAAUCCCGCCCAGCUCCCCGGAGGCGGCGGCGGCACCAGCACCGCUGAAUCCCAGCCCCCGGCCAGCUGGCAAGAUCACGCGCAGCAGCCUAAAUGGCACCGGCAACCCACGGGCCACGCCCACCAUCAUGAAGCGGCUGCGGAAGAGCACGCGCUUCAAGGCCAAGCAGACGGGCAAGGGAAUCUCCGGCAACAGAGAGUCCAAUGGGCACAACAAUGGUCCCAAUGGCAGCAGUUCCAUUCACCUAGCAGGAGCCGGUGCCCAUCCCAGUAACACCAAUAAGCACGGCAAAUCAGGAACAGCGGGUUCGGGAGCAGGAGGAGCCGCAGGAGCGAGGAAUCGCCGCUCGCUGUUCAAGCGGCCGGCACAGAAAACCCCAAAGGUGCAGGCCUGCACGCGGUUCGUAAAGAGCGUCUUCUACAAAGGCAGCUACAUGCAGAUCGGGGAUAUCGUGAGCAUCGUGGACGGGGAACAGAAUCUGUACUAUGCCCAAAUACGCGGACUGCUCGUGGACGCCUACUGCGAGAAGUCGGCCUUUCUCACCUGGCUGAUUCCCACCCAGGAUAGCCCCGAUCCCCAGGAGGGCUUUGAUCCGGCCACCUACCUGAUUGGACCCGAUGAGGAGCUAUCGCGAAAGCUGUGCUAUCUGGAGUUCGUGAUGCAUGCGCCCAGCAAUUACUACUUCGAUCGCAGCACCCCAUUCCCGCUGCCCGAUGUGGAUGAGUAUACCGCCCAGAGAUCGGGCGGUUAUAUAUGGACGCGACUGCCGGUGGUGAAAAGGGAGAAGGGCGGCGGACACAAGGCGGGCGGAGGAGGAGGCGGAGGAGCCUCCUAGCAGGAGAGACGGCCCAAGGGCAAAAUUAAGAAGAUAAAGGCCAGAACUCUGGCUCUGAAUUUGAAUAAUCUUAUUUAUUGAGUGGAAAAUAUAGAAAAGCGUCCAGA